AUGAAGUACGGCAAAGAGUUCCAACAGCUCCUCAACGAGUCCGACUUUCCUGAAGAAUGGAAAUCCUCCGCUAUCGAAUAUCGCCAAUUGAAGAAGGUCAUCAAAGACGUAGUAGCCGAGCUCACUUCUAUGGGUCUCUCGCCUGACGUCCUGCACAAACUGCUUAUUACUGAAGAUACGGAAGGCAAGUCUCUUAUCGCCUCGCAUACCCCCAUGGUGUCGGACGGGGGAGGAGAGGAGGAUGUGAUAGAGUUUGAGUUUGAGAGUGAGGAAGGGAGCCCGGUGGUGCUGCGUUCUGGUUCUGUCGACCUUCCUCCUCCCCCGCAUCACCAGCCUGUCGAAGUCAUUGUCCAUCCCGUCACAGAACAACAAAAUCUAGAUGACGACGAACAGUCUGUCGAAUCUCUUCAUCCCCAUCAUCACCGCAAAUUCCGACUGCGUCUCUUAUCAGAAACAUCCCAAACACCGAAGGAGGAUGGCGCCUCAGUCAGACCUUUGAGUGUGACGGAUAUCAUCUCGGCCCAAGAGCAUACCUCAAAUCUCUCGUUGGAGGAUGUGCAUCAUAGGGGCAGAGGGUCCGAGCUCUCAGCGAGAGUACAUGGGAAGAGAAAAGUCGUGAAAAAGGCUGUUAGUGAUGGACAUGGGGGUGUCAAGGCGGAGUAUGUCCUUACAGGUGAUCCCCAACAUCCCAUCCCCCAACUCCGACUCCAUCUCGACACAUCCAUCUCCCCAUCACGCUCCCACUCUCACUCUCCUUCACCCGCGCCAUCUUCUUUUGAAUCAGAGACUGAACCUGAAAUUGAGACGGAGACAGAGACAGAAGAUGAGAAUGGUGGGGAAGAAGCCUUCGACCUCGCCAUGAAGACUCCUCGGGCUUUCAACAAAGUCACAAACCCAACUUUACCGUCGAGCCCGCACCUGAGCCGUAUCAAAGGCGCCCGAUCACCCAUUUGGGCUAUUGCGAGCUCUGGAGUGAGUGAGGGGAUGAGCGACUUUUCGAUCGGCGAAGCCGCCGUGGAAGAGAUUCCCAACCCUCUUCCAGAUCCUCCAUCCCCAAACUUUUCGGCAAUGUUCGAGCCUGCCUCGGCAUCAACGACAGAACGCAAAUUCAUAAUCCCCCUCGCCUCGGACCUCGCCUUCUUCUCCCUCCUCACCACCGCCCUCACUUCCCUCUCCUUGUUCCACGCCAGACAACAAACGCUCUUCCAACAAUCCGUCGAGCGCUUAUGCGCUAUGAUAUCAAAGUCUAUCUCGCCUCAGGGAAGUAGUCUUGAAGUACUCCCGACGCCUUUGACGCCAAGCGGGAGUAAUAUGAGCGACACCGUACCCCGCCUGCACGCUUCGACAUCAGCAAAAGCAUCAAAGAAAGAUCUCUAUGCAUGGAGAGAGAUAUUCUCUCUAUGGAUCGAAUCGCAGAUAUUCGAAUCUACCGCCGAACGUGAUCGCGGGGAACGUACCAUCGAGCAAGCAGAGAGCAGGCUCCAGAAGUUUGCUGCGGAGGUCGUCAAACGUGGGCUGGGAGACCGACGGACGAUGAAGGGGAAGAAAGUAAAGGAAGCUUGGGAAGAGUUUUUGAGGUUGAAUAUGUUGUUGCUGGACCUCAAAAGGUUCCAGACUGCGAAUAUCAAAGCAGCUCAAAAGAUCUUGAAAAAGCACGACAAACGCACAGCCCUAACGGCCUCAAUCGGCUUCCAAUCCUUCGUCCGUUCCACCCUCACCGCCCACUCCCAAAUCGACAAAGACGGCCACAUCUCCACCUGGACAUUCUACAACACCUCCCUCCCCCACGUCCUCCUCUCCAGCCUCACCUCCACCCUCCUGCCCAUCCUCCCCAGCUUGGACGAUUAUGUGUGCUUGAUCUGUACUUCUAUUGCGUUCAAGCCGAUUAGGCUGGGGUGUGGGCAUUUGUUUUGUGUGAGGUGUUUGGUGAAGUUGCAGAAGGCUGGGAAGGGGGAGUGCCCGCUUUGUAGGAAGGAUGUGGUGCUGCUGGCUGAUAAGUCGAGCUUGGAUCUCACAAUCAUGCACUUCAUGAAACAAUGGUUCCCCAAGGAGGUCAAAGAGAAACAGAAAGAGAAUGACGCAGAAGUGGUCAACGAGCGCGCACUAGAGACGGGUUUAGACACAAGAUGUUCUAUCAUGUAA